GGACCAUUUAAAUAAUACCGAACGUGCUGCCCACGUUCUGGGAAAUCGCGUAGCGGCUAACGAUCUUUUUAACCGUCACGCCGCCGAGUGGGAAGAACAGUCAGCUUCAAGACGAGCGGCUUUCUAAGAAGCCUAAUCCUGGAGCUAUGUCUAGAAGAAAGCAGGAAGCAGCUUUGCCUGAAACAGAGGGCAGUGUGCCAGGCUGCCUGCAGUUGGAAGAAGUUAGCCCCGGACUUCAUGGUGAUGACAACACCUGUAAGCCCGAAGACAACCCACUAUUGAACUAUACAAAGUCAUUUCUUCAUCAGCAUGGUGUUCCUCAAGAGAACAAUGUCAGCAAUCCUAAUGAUAAAGACUUGCAGAAUGUGCCCAUCAAGGAAGAAGACGAGAACAGUGACAAUGACAGUGACACUGAUGAUAAUGUGCGGAUCACGAUUGGCAACAUAAACACAAAUCUCUCAUUGUAUAGAGCAAUGCUGGCUAAUCUGAAUGCACAAGGCAGCCAAACCUUUGGAACAUCUGAAAAAGGUACUGAUCCAUCUGAUUGUUAUAUAUUAACUGAAGAUGCCUGGAGGGCUUAUUGUGACAAUCAGUAUGAUGCCUCUCGUGUGACAAACAUGAUUCUAUCUCCUCCUGUCCAAACAAAGGAUAACAACUUGAUGAGUCAUGCAGACAAUGUGAAGAAGGAAUGUCAAAAUGUCUCUGAGACAGAGCUAAACACAGAUUCUAGUCCUUUUCUGGUUGAACAAUUGAAGGCAGAACCCUUACCCAAACUGUUACAGGAAAAAAGAGAGGACCAGGACAGCCAAAGCAGCAAGCACAGCAAAUAUGAGCAGGAUCCUGAUGUCAGCUCCAAGGCAAAUUAAAGCACUGAUUACACUCAAGAAUGCCUUCUGGAAAAGUCUCUACCGAUUGCUCCCAUCCUGCACUGAACCCGUUCCAGUUUGCAUUGCACAGAAAUGCAAACAAGUAAUAAAAAGUCUAGAAAUGCUUUAAACAUUAGACAAGUCUAUAUAUCCCUCAUCCACUCAGGGGCCAGGACCCUUCAUUCCUUCAAUUAGUGAUUCCUUCCCGAAGGCGUAACUCCCAAAGCCUUACGGUUCAUAUCAUACUCUUAUCAUCUGAUUUUUGAAGUUGUUCACUUUUUACAUCUUAUUGGAUUUGGGCUUCUCAGUGUCCUUGGCAAUAGAAGCCAUAAACAUUGAGACCUGACAGCUGAUGACUAAGGUAGAAAAGAAAAAAAAAUGACCGAUGUGAUUAGAAAAAGGUAGUGAAUUGAGACACUGUCACACAGAAAAUCUCAAAGCAGCACUUUUUAUUUUACAGUAUGCAACUCCCCAGUUUUUGCCAUGAUGUGUGAUGGCUCCAAAUUGCUUUUUGUUGGUCACCCACAGAGCAAGAUUUUGGGAUCUUCAAAAUAGUCUGUUUUUUACAUGACUUCACAAGUCUAGGUUUUUGUAUUUAUAUUAGCCUUUGGGCAAGAUUUCUUAGAAGCAGAAGGGAAGAGAUGAAGGCAUUUCCUUUAUAACUUCAUUUGCGCAACUAA